AUGCUGGUAACGAACAAACGGACGUUGCUUCCCUUUGAGGAUGGAGGCGCCAUUGAGGGGCCGGUGCAGAAGCGGUUUCGCGGAUUGAGCACGCCUCCUGCAUCGCCAGAGAAGAAACCCGAGAACGCGCAGCCGCCGGCGCCGCGCUUGAAGGCGACACGGCGACUGGAGCAAGACAGUGAGGUCUCGCCCCGGCGGCUGGUCUUUGCGAAGGAUUCAGUGUACUUGAGGGCUAAGUCGCUGCUGCAGCGGUCGUCACUUCUGUCACGGGAGCACCCGUGGCUGCCCACAAGGGAGGCGCAGUACCGGGAGAUUAGCGCGUUUCUGGGGGAGACAAUCGGCUCCAACGGCGGGAACUCGCUCUACAUUACGGGGCCGCCGGGAACGGGCAAGACCGCGCAGCUGGAGCUUGCAGUGCGCCAGAGCUUUCACACGAUCCUGAUCGGCGAAGAAAACCGGCGCAAUGCUCCGAAGCAUGACCCUGCACUGGCCAACACAAUGUACUAUGAACUCGGGCCGGGCAAGUACCAGUCUGUCGCCAUGGUGUCCCUCAACUGUAUUGCACUGAGGCGGCCGGAAUCGUUGUGGUCGAAGAUCCACGAGCAGCUCAAGAAGAACGCUGGCUGUGGCGACACUGUGAGGAGCAUGGAUGACUUGCAGGCAUUUUUCAAGAGCUACCCCAACACUGCAUUUGUUGUCAUUUUGGAUGAGAUGGACAAGUUGCUGACGUCCACGUUAGAGGACAGCAAUGCCACCAAGAUCAUUGUGGAUUUGUUUCUGCUAGCCAGGCUGCCAUCCGUGAGAUUUACACUUGUUGGCAUUGCAAACAGUUUAGAUAUGAAAGACAGGUUCUUGAAUCGGCUGCUUCUUUCGCCAGAGUUUUUGCCCAAGGUCAUCAACUUUGCGCCUUAUACAUCAGAGGAAAUGUUUGAAAUUGUGACUAGCAAACUGAAGUCUGUGGAUAAGGUAGAUACUAUUAUACAGCCUAUGGCAAUAAAGUUUGCUGCAAAGAAGUGUUCCAGCAACACUGGUGACUUGAGGAAGUUAUUUGAUGUUCUCCGGAAUAGCAUUGAACUGGCUGAGCUUGAGUCCCUUAACAGGAAAGCUGAUAAAACCCCCGUUCGAGUCACUCUCACUCACGUUUCAAAAGUGUUUUCCACAUACAUGAAUUCAUCUUCUACAAAGACAAGAAUCUCGAAGUUGAAUUUACAGCAGAAAAUCGUGCUGUGUGCAUUGGUACACAGAGAGAAGUCUGAUCUUUUUCAGACGCAGUGUACUAUCGAUGAAGCAUAUGAUUAUUAUACAAAACUUCUGUCCGAUACUAUUGCAUUAAACCCGCUUAAUAGAAACGAAUUUUUGGAAAGUUGCGACACAUUAGAGAUGUAUGGAGUCGCUUCUAUUGAAAAUGGCAAGCAUGGCAAAAAGGCCAAACAAUUGGUAAAACUGAUCAAGAGUACAGUUGAUGAAAAGGAGUUCCAUGAUGAAAUAUGUAAGAUGGACUUGCUUAAGAAAUUGAUAAUAUAA